AUGGACUUUGCUUAUUCCCCGCACCGCGAGACGGGCGGCACCCUCCAUCUCCACUCCCCAACACACCCACACCCGCACUCCUACCACCUGGAGGGGUUCCCCUCUAUCAAGCAGAUCCGGCGCUCCCUGUCACGUUCACCGUCGAAGCCGUCGCGCUUCCAGCUGCACUCCAAGUCCUCGGAUUCACCAGGCUCGCCCAUCUCGCCUCUGGCGUUAUCACGCGCCUUCAGCCCCAGGACUUUAAAGCCCGCGAGUCCCACCGGACCCCAUACCGGCUCACCACUGUCGCAAGCGCCAACCACCACCAAGAAGAAGUUCUCGCUGCGCCGCACCACGCGCCGAACCGCAUCAAAGAGUCCCCGACGCGCUCUGGCCGACUCCGCAAACCAAGGCAACGCAACGCCAUUCACCUCUCGACGAAGCUCUGGAGAGGAGAACCAAAACAUGAGCGCGCGCGCACCGCUUUUUGCCGACCAACCCGAAACUGAGUGCAAACCUUCGGUGCCGCGAUUCAGUCUCGACGACGGCCCUAUCAAAUUCGAAUUUACGCGCUCACGUGGAGAGAGCGCGCCAGGUGCGAACUGCCUAAUGCCGGCAAAAUCGAGCCCGCUGAAGCGUAGCGACGGCAUCAUGAACCUGGACCAGGCGAGCUUGGGCAGUCCAGUGGCCAAGAGAAGGAGCCUGCAUGGUGCUUCAUUUGGCCCCGACUUCGACGUCUUCGAUCACGGUCCAACCCCAAACUCUGAACAACCACAGCAAUUCCGCAACCAUGAUCACGACAUGGGCAUUCACUCUUUCUCGUCGCCAAUCCAGAAGACUGGCUCCCCACUGCGCAAAUCGCUCUCACUGAGGAAGUCGACUCUGUCACAGCGAUAUGGCUCCAACGCUGCUCGACCCAAGGCCCAGGACCAAGGCCACGAAUUCGCAAUUCCAGGUCAGGCAGCAUCCCGAACGAGGAAUCGUAUGUCUCUUGAUAGCUCUCUAGGAUUCGGUUCGCCACAAGCCCAGUCGCCAUUCCGCAAGUCUAUGGGUCUUGGUCUUACAUCUGAGUCCGGGCGCCCAAAUCUGCAGCAGCAUUCCCAUUCGUUUAUGCGUGGUAGCGGUUCAAUCAGCCACCAGCCCCAUCCUCUCUCAAACGCUGUCACUCCGUCAUCUUCCAUGUCGAGCCUAGGAGAUGACUCACCGACUCAUGCUCCUGCGCAUGUUCCUCCGCAUCCUGCGCCUCCAACUGCUGCUCCGCGACACCAUAUCUUUUCCAGGUCAUUGCCUCUUGGUGCUACCCGUCCUAACCUGGGUGGGGAUGCUCCGGAAAUAGAUUCCGAGAAUGGAUCCUUCGCAACACCAGCUGCGUACAAGAUGGCGAAGCCACUUCCUCAGGCGUUCAUGUCGACGGGAUUGAUAUCUAAGCGCAAUCGCAACGCCGACCUACCCCAACCGGGUUCUUAUGCUAGCUAUGCUAUGCCGGACACGCCGUCUAAGAGGGCCUCUUUCCCUCCCAUUACGUCGUCUCCGUCGAUUCAUCGUGGAUUCGGGAAAUCCAUCACACGCCAUGAGUUCGGUACCCCGACCACUCCGUUCAGCCUGCAUCCCACCGGUGCGACACCGAUCUCGUUCGGAAAAGGAGUCAACAUCUUCGGUACUCUUGGAAAUCCUAGCAUGAAUCGUCGUGGUAGCUUCGCUAGCAUCGACAUCGACGUCGAUGGUGAUGAUAAUUCGGUUUCGCCAUCCGGCAAGAUGGACAGCCAAUCCAGCAUUGACGAUAUGCCGCCGACCCCUACGAAGCAAGGUGAUGGCGCAGGUCGACGAUCGAAGGAUAACAGCCUCCGAAGCAGCCUCUUUGGUCGGCGUACCCCGAUACAAGCUUCAGAAUCGUCUGAACGCAACUCUCCACAUACACCAUCGGAGUCAUUUGUUCCACCUGACGCCAGUAGGCUAACGAUCUCUGGUCGCGCCAACCGUCGUGGAUCGAUACCCUUCAACAGCAGCACGAACAGAAACACGUCGUUCCCGCCCGCAACUCCGACCACUAACCGCGAUCACAAGGUGUACUUUGCAAACGGCCAGUCUGCUAUUGCUCCGAUUGCAGGACUAACCAAAAACGAUGUGGACACCGCUCUUACUAGCAGAUUCGAAAACGUCUCGUUGCAUGGAAACGGGGAGUUCUCGCAAGUCUACCGUGUUGAAGGUCUCAUCAACCCACCACCAAGAUCAUCUUUCGAAGCCCCCUCUGGAAGCGUAUGGGCUGUCAAGAAGGCGAAGCGACCGUAUGCUGGACUGAAGGAUCGGGACCGAAAGCUUCGCGAAGUCCACAUCCUCCAGGCACUGAGCGGUAACGAGCAUAUUAUUUUUUUCGCAGGCAGCUGGGAACACAAGAACUACCUCUACAUCCAGACGGAGUUCUGCGAGAAUGGCAAUCUGAAGGAUUUCUUGACUCAACAUGGGUAUAAGGGACGGUUGGACGACUUCCGGAUUUGGAAGAUUCUCCUAGAGUUAUCAAUGGGCGUCAAACACAUUCAUGAUUCCGGCUUUAUUCAUCUCGAUCUAAAACCCGCAAACGUCUUCCUUGACUGGGAAGGCGUCCUCAAAAUUGGCGAUUUUGGCUUGGCGAGCACGUGGCCUGCUCCCCCGAACAUUGACGGAGAAGGCGACCGCGAAUACAUCGGGCCGGAGAUUCUUUCUGGUCGCUUUGACAAGCCUGCCGAUAUCUUUGCUCUCGGCAUGGUCAUGCUCGAGAUCGCUGGCAACAUUAUCCUCCCUGACAACGGUACCUCCUGGCAGCGUCUUCGGUCUGGCGAUAUGACCGACCUCCCGAGCCUCACGUGGAGCUCCGAGAGCAGCCUUCCGAGAGACGAAUCCGGAGAUCCAAUCACCGACAUCAGCACUAAUGCCUCCAACGAGACUUUGUGCGGAUCCGAAACCGAGGAUGAAAGCUUCAGGUUGUUUAACGACAUCGAGCCCAGGUCGCACUUCCCAGAGCAGCUAGUCCAGCCUCCCAACUUCAUGAUCGAUCCCAACGACAGCGAGUGUUUGGACAAGAUCGUGGAGUGGAUGAUCAGUCCAAAUCCAGACGAGCGCCCUACGGUUGAUCAACUCUGCAACUGUGGCGGCGUCCAGUGGGUUAAGAAUCGUCGUCGCGCAGGGGCAACGGUCUAUGAGGGGACUUGGGGCCCUGCCGAUGACGUCCUAUCUACCGAGCACGAUGUUGACAUGUUGGACGCCCUCUAA